AUGGCGACCGGCACAGAGAAAGUGGUACUAUCGCUUGAUGUAGAGUCGGGCAGCAAGAAAGGCUUGCCAGACGUCGAGUUGGCGCCAGAUAUCGUCCAACAAUAUGAUCUCAAAGAUGCGGAUAUAGGGUUGGGCGAGCAAGAAAUACUUCGCAAUGAUCGACGCUUGCUUUUGAAGAUCGACCUCUGGCUUCUUCCAUGGCUUUGCUUUCUAUAUCUUCUGUCGUUCUUGGAUCGCACCAACAUCGGAAAUGCCAGACUAGUGGGAAUCGAGAACGACUUGUCAAUGUCCGGAGGAGACUUCAACAUGACGUUAACCAUCUUCUUCAUCAGUUACGCAGUUUUCGAGCCUCUGACCAACAUCAUUCUUAAGCGUACGACGCCCCGAUACUUCUUUACCGCCAUCUUGUUCGGUUGGGGUGUCUGCAUGAUUUGCAUGGGCUUGGUCCAUAACUAUGCGGGCCUUCUGGCGACACGUUUCUUCCUGGGACUUAUGGAAGCAGGUCUAUUUCCUGCGGUGACCUUCUAUCUUUCAUGCUGGUACAAGAGAAGUGAACUUGGACUUAGAAUCGCUUUGUUCUUCUCAGCUGCUGCGAUUGCAGGAUCUUUUGGCGGUCUUCUAGCUGUCGCACUGGCCAAGAUGGAUGGCGUUGGUGGAAAGCCAGGCUGGGCAUGGAUCUUCAUCAUCGAAGGCCUCGUUACGGUCAUUGCAUCCGUUGCAUGCUACUGGAUGAUCUUUGACUGGCCUACAGACACCAGAAGCUUUUUGACAGAAGACGACCGCCAAAGGGUUGAACGACGACUGUUAGCAGAUCGCCAAGCCAGCACGACGGAAAAUUUUGAUCGACGAUACGUCUACGCGGCACUCAAGGACUGGAAAACUUAUGGUUUUGCGUGGGUGAACGCAGGAUGCUUGAUCCCUGUUUACGGCUUCUCUCUUUUCCUGCCAACCAUUUUGCGUGGACUUGGGCACUCCGGCACCCGCGCACAAUUGCUAUCGGUGCCCCCAUACGCUGUCGCCGCCGUUGCCACGGUGGCAGUGGGUUGGGCCGCUGACCGGUACCAGCGCCGAGGUCCUUUUAACAUUGGAUGUUCCUCCAUUGGGAUCGCAGGAUUCCUCCUGCUUCUAGGGUCGGCCAACGCCCGGGUCCAGUAUGCUGGCACGUUUCUGGCGGCGCUAGGUAUCUAUCCUGCCAUUCCGAACACAAUUUCCUGGAUAAGCAACAAUACUGACGGCGUUUAUAAACGGGGCAUCGUUAUGGGCAUCUCUAUUGGAUGGUCCAAUCUCAAUGGUAUAGUCUCGACCAACGUCUAUCUUUCCCGAGAGUCCCCACGGUUCUGGACAGGGCAUAGUGUGCUACUAGGAUAUCUAGUGUUCGGAGCUUUCACCGGCAGUAUAGUAAUGCAUAUGCUUCUGAAAGCAGAGAACAAAAAGAAAAUGGGAGGUAAGCGGGAUCAUUUAGUGGAAGAUAAAACAGUGGAAGAGAUAAGGGUUAUCGGGGAUAAGAGACCAGAUUUUCUUUAUAUUGUUUAG